CUUCUGGGAGCACACAGUUUGGCUCUCCGCCCCUCGGCGACCUCGCAUUCCAGAGAUUCCCACACUCUAAGCUCACCUGCCUUUUCCUUCCCCACUUCGCAGCACAUUUUCAAGGACACUAUCGGGAUAAAGUUUUUGAAGGUUGCAUGAAAAAGAACAGCAGAGCAAUGAGUGGAAGGGAUGGGCAAAUGUUCAUAACAACCUACAGAGCAGAAGACGUAGAAAAACUGACACUGCGAAUGAAAAAUGGUCUUGGCAGCUCGAAGUACAAACCGGCGGAAUAUAAAAGACUACAAGCCAUUGUUGAUGCCAAACGCCUGGAGUCUGAUUUAAUUCGACAAAAGGUUCGGAAGACUCGCUGUGCAGCCAAGGCAACCAAGGAGAGCUCCAUAUUACGGCAGCAUAGACAGGUGUGGAGCAGAGAGUGCCCCGGGCUGCAAAAGGCUGAGGAGGAGGCUGAGAAUGACAUCCAUGUUUUCCUAGAGCAGAUCAGGCCGAACGAUUUAACAGAUACUGGCAUUUUCUCACUUCAAGAAUAUGAGCUGUCUCUUGAGAGGGAGCGAGAGGAUUUCAGAAUAGCCACCGUGGAGCCCGUUUAUCAGCUCAGGGAUGACCUGUGCUUCAGAUUGCAUGAAAUACAACUUCAGCAGCUUUCUGCACAUCCAUCAAACUGGGAACAAGUAAAACAACAGAUUAACUUUGUGAAAAACCAGCAAGAUGUCAUAAUGACAAAACUUCAUGCAGAGUACCUGGACCUGGAGGAGGAGCUCAUGGGCCUUGGUUUGGAGAAAUAUCUUAAUAGUGCUUCAGAUAAUUUGGUGAACUCAGAAAAAAUUCCAAAGGAGGUUUUGGAGGUGGACUGCCCUUACCCAGAGCUGCAGGACUCCCUGAUCCAGGCCUUCCACUCCCUGUCAGAGAGGUAUCAGAGCAGGUUGCAGAGUCUCCAAGAGCAGCUACAAAGAACUGAUAGAUUCUGUGGUUGGCCUCCAGAUGACCAUCAACACUUUCAAUACACAUUGUCUAAAUACAGUCAUGACAUACCCAACCACAGAGCACUCUGUAUGGACAUGCUGUUGAGACUUUUCCCUGAAAAAUCGAGACAAGACCUGAUGGAGCAUGAACGUGUGUGGGACUUGCAGUGCUUCACUCAGGCACAGCUGCGAGUAGUGACCCAGCAGUGGCAGAGAGACCAGGAGGAGCUGCUGGUCAGAGCCCUGGUCACGCUGCAGGAGGCAAAACAUGCCCACCAGGAGGAGCUGGAGCUCCACAGAGGUCGCCAACACCAGCAGGACAUCUGCUUGCAUCUCAGAGAGAAACUGCAACGGUGGCGGGCCCAGCAGGAGGAGGUGGCUAAGCUGGAGGCGGCUAUUGCAGCUCGACAGCAACAGGAGGAAGAGGCCCGAUUUAAGAGGGAGCAGGAGAAGGAGGCUGCCGUCAGGUCGAAGCAGAAAGACAAAGUCAGACAGUUUCAUUCAAAGCAGCAGAAGAGGAGGGAGGUGCUGGAGCAGAGGGAUCAAGAGAGACUUGCUAAUCUGAGAAGCGUCAUGGAAGAGCAGGCAAGGCGAGAUAAACAGAGGGUGCAGUUUCGGGCUGAUAUGUUGCAGCAGCAGAGGAUGGAAAAAGAGGCGAAGGAGCUUGAGCGGCAGAGAGAAGAACAAGAGAGACAGAAUCGUCUGGAAGUUCUCAGAAACCAGGUUAUGGUGGUGGCAGAGGCAGACCUAGAGAGGAUGAUGGGGGAUACAGAGGCUUGGAGGAGUCGACACUUGAAUGUAAAGGAGUUUGAGCUCCAAAGGCCUCUCUACAGUAUUAACACGUACACAGACAUACAGAUUGUGUCUGAUCCCAGAGUGCGGGUGGAGCAGGCUCUGAGGGAGGCGGGUCUGCACCACAGCCAAUAUGCCAAAGAGGUUCUUUCUGUUAUCAAACCCACCAAACCACCUCGACCAGACACAAAAUCAAUCCUUAAAUUCUGACUAACGUUUUAUUCGGACAUAGUAUGACAUCCAAGCCAAGUCUUCUUCUACGUAGUAUUGAGCAUCAUAUGACGUGAAUAAUACAGCUGAUGUGUAAAAAUCAGUUGCAGCAGUUAUGCUAUUUGCUACAAAGAUUACUGUACUCACAAAGUACCUUUUUUAUUUACAGUAUUGACCACCAACUGACACGGUGAAAUUCUCUUAUCAACUUUUAAUGCAGAUGUUAUCCUCCGUAGCACCACAUGAGCAAUACAGGAUCAUCCAGUGUCUCUGAGUGAUGAUAAACAUGUACAUCCAACAAAAAAAAUGAUAUCUAUACACAAUUAUCAGUCUGUAGUUAUUUAUCAACAGCAUAUGUCAUGAAGUUUGCAUCUUUAAAAGCAAAAUUUCAAGGCAGAAGCAACUGAAUAUUAUUAUGUACAUGUGAGUAUUUAUGAACACAUUUAAUGUGCAGAUUCCUUGCUGGUGGGUCUACUCUAUCUUCUUGUGUCAUUUAAAACUACUAAGGAAUAAUAAUGGCUUGAAAGCGUUUAUGAAGAAAAGCCUUUUAAAACUAGAGGCUACUGACAGAUUGCAAAUCUCCUCUACUGCUAU